ACUAAAUUGAAGUCAAUAUGAAAGGGAAGCCCGACUUUCCCGAAAAGGUGUCGCUCUGCGCACGGCUUUACAGGGGAUUAAUACGGGAGACAUUGUUUCCCCUAUUGAUUAUGGUUCUGACACCUAAUUUGAUACUAUUGUUGGCCCACAUUAUAGUCGUUAAGAAUAGUAACUUAACUCGUGUUUUGUUUGUCGACACAAUUGAGUCAACGCUUACCGACGCCUGGAAAGCAGUCAAAUGGGAUGACUUAGAGUGCUGGUCAAUAGUGAGCGGACUUAUACUAUGGGGAAUCAUAUCAUUGCACUUUCCCGGCCGUAAAUAUCACGGCCCGCCUACACCUAAUGGAUUCAGACCUGAGUACUGGAACUCUGGCUUUAAAUACUAUUUGAUAUCAAUGCUGAUCGCGUGUCCACUUAUUUGGAAGUAUUCAAUACUGCAUUUGUAUUACAAAAUCCCAAAUCUCAUCGCUAUUCUCAUUGUGUUUGGCUUUGGAUUCUGUGUUAUUCUGUACAUCAAAGGUCUUGUAUUCCCUGAUCCGGGCAUUUGUGACAUAACGAAGAAUAUAGUGUUUGACUACUACUGGGGCGUUGAGCUGUACCCGCAUUUGGGGCCAUUCGUCAGCCUUAAGAUCUUAAUCAACAGCCGAUUCGGUCUAUUUCUGUGGCAAUUGAUAGCACUGACCGCUUGGAAGGCCAACUACGAGCUCUAUAUCGCCAGCUAUAAUCGGGGACACAUUAAUUGGCCGCUCACUACCACUACGCUAUUGGUCAGCAUAUAUUUGGCCAAAUUUUACUACUCGGAGGACUCGUAUCUACACUCAAUGGAUGCCUCGCACGACCGGUUUGGUUACUACUUGGCCUGGGGUUGCAUUGCAUUUGUUCCCGGAUUCUACUCAUUAAACUCGUUAUAUUUGGUAAAACACUCGCCAAUGGAUCACUUCGGGCUCGUGUCGGCCCUAAUAGUGCUAACU